AUGUCAAAAACCACCAUCGAAACCCUCACUUGCAUCGCCUAUCUCUCGCUCGAUCUCCACUCCUCCCCGCUCGAGAGCCAACCGCCCGCCAUUAUCUCUCUCCACCAAUCCGCCAACAAGCUCUUAGGCUACAAGGCAAUGUUUUCUCUAUUGGAGGCGCUUUGCGAGGAGAUGAAUGCAUUGGAAGUCCCUUGCCAAAGGAACUAA